GAAAUUUUGGUCCCCGCGUUCUAAGAAGAACCGCAAUAUAUCAAGAUGGGUUGGUUCUGGGGUGAUUCAAAUGAUGGUGAUAAGGAUAAAUCUCAAGAUCCUUUAAAGAACCUUGAUCCAAGUUUACGAGAGUUUCUCAAAAAGGAAUCACCGGUCAAAUACGAUUCCGCGAAGUCUACGGACACAACAGCUUCGUCGCAAACAAAAUCGUCGAAGCCCACAUCGACAAGUGCGACAACUGAAGAUCCUACCAAACCCAAUGUUCCUCCGCAGAGUUUAUACCAAGACGGUCGCUACGCACAUUUAUGGAAAACAUAUCAACCACAAGCAGAAGUUGAGCAGGCAGCUAAAUCAGAUGCCGAAAAGAUUCAGGAUGUUAUCGAAGGGUACAAAUACCGAAAAGCAGAGAUUGGGAGAGCAGCUUUAGAGAACUGCGCCUUGGAACAAUGGGAUGUUAAUGAAUGUUUUCGUUCAGGAGGAUGGCAAGCUCGAUUGACUAUGUGUAGAGAGGAGAAUAGGAAACUGGAGAGAUGUUAUACGAUGCAAGGUGUAAGUUUUUAGAUCUCUGCGCGACAGGCUUAUCUACUAACUUGCAUAGAAAUUCCUCAAAGCUUUAGGAUACCUAUCAACCUAUGAUCGUCCAGCUGAAGUCGAUGAAAAAAUCCAAAUGCACGCCGAUACCUUAUAUCACCGAAUGAUCGCUCAAGAAAAGCAGAUUGAAGAAGCCAAAGCAGAAGGAAGACCUGUACCUAUAUUUCCUCCACUCAUAUCAAAGAGAACUGGACAAUCAGAUUCCGCGCAAGAAAAUAAUAAGCUCAAGGCAUCUGAUCUUUCACCAAAGGUUCAAGCUUCAUUCAAAAAGCGACUUGAAGGUUUAAACGACGACGAGAGACAAAUCGAGGAACGAGCGAUUCAGGCCGAAAUUGAAGCUGGUGAACAAGUUGCAGGUCAGUUAGGAAAGAUUUAUGAGAAACAGGAUGAAGAACGAAGGCAAAGGAAAGAACAGGGUAAGGAGACUAUCAGUGAUAAGUUUUUCUCAGUAUUCCGUGGAAGAUGAUGAAGACAUGGUGGCUGCGUGUGAUUCGCACCUCUAACCACACUCGCGUGCCGGGUGCUUAGUCUUAGAAAGACAACAGUUGUUGCAGGAGCACCACGCCUUCGGAGCAAUAUUGUUCCUCCUGAAAAUCUCACGGCUCAAAUACUUUACGGUCUACAUAUACUUCAACUUCCUGUCCUAUGUACUUCGAUAAUUGAGCAAGCAGAUGUUGUGAAGGUUCAGGAGCAGUUUGUGGAAAUGUUUUUUCAUACAUUAAGGAAUCUCAGAAACACCCCUUCAUUAUACUUGGGACCAAUAUCUUCAGUAGCUUGAUUUGUGUAGUUUUUGCCGUCAAAUUGAAUCCCUGACGAUGGAGUAUGAAGAUAGCCCCGCCGCUGCUGCGGAGGGAAGAUACGAAGAAUUAAUAAGAAAACAACCAAUUUUUGAACGCCUCGCUUCGAAGACGUGUGGCAGUCUACGUUUCCCUGAAACUAGUGUCUUAUUUGCCAUAGUAUAGCGCCGUUAAAUAACCUUAGAGUAGAGGAAUGUGA